CCAUCUUCUCACCCUUUCCUCCUUCCUCCUUUAUAGAGGCUCCGGCCCAUCCGUAGAUAUAGAGUGUUCCUUGCUCCUUGUUCGCCUUUACGCGAUCUCGAUAUAGACAAGUCACUUCCUACUAUAUCUUCUACGAUUAAAUUCGACAUGCCCGCUGCUACCGCUGUCGCUGCUGCUACCCCCGCACUCGCCUCCCUGAAGGCUGCCGCCAACGGCACCCCCGUUGACGGCCAGACGGAUUUCGCUGCCCUUUUCUCGUCCGACAAGGCUGCUCGCGAAUCCGCAGCUCACUCUCUCGCCGCUGCUGCGCAACAAAAUGGGCCAUCCGCCCUCUCUGGCUUCCCCGAAGCCGCUGUCAAGGCUCUGGCCGACAAGAAGUCUCCCGCUGCGCGUGAGAGCGCAGCGAACGCUGUUAUCACGAUCGUCAAGGCUGGCGGUGUGAAGGCCCUCGAGCCCACUUUCAUCGACUCCGGCCUCUAUGCCGCUCUCAUUGAGACUUUCGCCGACAAGAUGCCCGCUGUCAGGACAGCGGCAGUCGAGGCCGUGCGGGAGUUCGUCGCAGCGAUGAACCCCUGGGCUUCUGCACUUGUACUUCCCGCCCUUCUCCACGAAAUCAAGACUGCCGGCAAAUGGCAAGUCAAGACUGGCGCUCUGGUUAUCCUGAACCAGCUUACCACCAGCGCCCCUGUCCAAAUCGCUAAGCUCAUGCCUGAGAUUGUUCCCGUCCUGUCCGAGGCUAUUUGGGAUACGAAGGCUGACGUGAAGAAGGCGGCUCGUGAUUCGCUGACAAAGGCUACGGCUCUCGUAUCGAACAAGGACAUUGAACGCUUUAUUCCGGCUCUAAUUAAGGCUCUGAUUAAUCCCGUUGAGGAGGUCCCUAAUACCAUCAAUCUCCUCUCGGCUACCACAUUCGUUUCCGAAGUAGACUCCCCUACCUUGUCUCUGAUGGUUCCCCUGUUGGCUCGUGGUCUCAACGAGAAGCCGACGGCCACCAAACGGAAGGUCGCAGUUAUCAUCGACAACAUGUCCAAGCUUGUCGACUCCCCUGUGACUGUCCGUCCGUUCAUCCCCAAGCUUCUCCCCGGCCUCAUCAAGGUCGAGACCACGAUCGGUGACCCCGAAGCUCGCAGCGUCGUCCAGAGGGCUAUCAAUACCCUCCGUCAAGUUGGCGAGGUACCGGCUGACAACGACGGCUCGAACCUUCCUCCCUUGAAGGUUCACGAGCCGAGUCAGUUGGCGAGCGGCCUGAUCUCCAUCUACAAGAAGGCUGGCGUUAACCCGGUUCCCUCCCCCUCGGACAUUCUCGUCGCCUACACAUCCCGCUUGGCGGCCACCAUGGUGAACUUGAAGAACUUCGACGCUUCCGAGUGGCAGACUCUUGCCCCUUACCUUGCUAUUGUGUCGCAGACUCCCGACCCCGCUUCCGUCGCCUCACAGUGGGCCGUCCGCUCGGCGUCCGAUGAGACCGUUGAUGAGGACGUUCCCGAGGAUGAGGAGGAGGGCGAGGACCUUUGCAACUGCCAGUUCUCUCUGGCUUACGGUGCGAAGAUCCUCCUCAACACUGCCACCCUGCGACUCAAGCGGGGUCACCGUUAUGGUCUCUGCGGUCGCAACGGUACUGGCAAGUCCACUCUCAUGCGCGCCAUCAACAACGGUCAGGUCGAGGGUUUCCCUUCUCCCGACGAGGUCCGCACCUUCUACGUCGAGCACGAUAUCGACGGCAGCGAGGAGGACAUGUCUGUCCUUCAGUGGAUCCUCAACGACAAGCGUAUCCAGGCGGACGAGAAGGAGAUUAUCGAGACCUUGGCCUCCGUUGGUUUCAGCGAUGAGCGCCAGAAGAGUUCGAUCGGUAGCUUGUCGGGUGGUUGGAAGAUGAAGUUGGCUUUGGCCAGGGCUAUGUUGUUCAAGGCUGACAUUCUCCUGCUCGACGAGCCUACCAACCAUUUGGACGUCGUCAACGUCGCCUGGUUGGAGAACUACCUCACCAGCCUGACGCACUGCACAUCCAUCAUUGUGUCGCACGACUCAAGCUUCCUGAACAACGUCAUCACCGACGUUCUUCACCUCAACAGGUUCAAGCUCAAGCGCUACCGCGGCAACUUGGAGUCGUUCAUGAAGCAGGUGCCCGAGGCGCGCUCCUACUACACCCUCGAGCCCCAGGAGGACUACACUUUCAAGUUCCCCGACCCUCCUCUGCUCGAAGGUGUCAAGACUAAGGAGAAGAGUUUGCUCAAGAUGCGCAAAGUUGGAUUCCAGUACCCUACCCAGCCUACCCAGCAGCUCUACGACAUCACCCUUCAAGUCUCACUCUCUUCCCGUGUGGCCGUCCUCGGUCCCAACGGUUCCGGCAAGUCCACCCUCGUCAAGUUGCUCAUCGGUGACUUGGAGCCCAACAAGGGCGGUGAGAUCUGGAAGCACCCUAACUUGGUCAUUGGUUAUGUCGCGCAGCACGCGUUCCACCACAUCGACAACCAUCUCGACAAGACCCCGCUCGAGUACAUGCUGUGGCGUUACCAGACCGGUGAGGACUUGGAGGAGAUGAUGAAGGCCAACCGCCAAAUCUCCGAGGAGGAGCUGCAGAAGAUGAAGGACGGAUCCAUUGUUGUUGUCGAGGGACAGAAGCGCACGAUUGACGAGAUCCUCACUCGUAAGAAGCUGAAGCAGUCGUACGAGUACGAGGUCUCCUUCAAGAACAUGAGCUCCACGGAGAAUAUCUGGAUGUCCCGUGAUGAGCUCAUCAAGCGUGGCUUCGAGAAGAAGGUCAUUGAGGUUGACACUCGCGAGGCUCAGCGUCUCGGUCUGCUGCGCCCCCUUGUGCGUCGCGAGAUCGAGAAGCACUUCGCCGACUUCGGUCUAGAGCCCGAGUUCGUCUCUCACAACUCAAUGCGUGGUCUGUCCGGUGGUCAGAAGGUCAAGGUCGUGCUCGGUGCUGCUACGUGGCGCCGGCCCCAUGUCAUCUGCAUGGACGAGCCUACCAACUACCUCGACCGGGAGUCGCUCGCUGCCCUCAUCUCUGCACUCAAGGUCUUUGAGGGUGGUGUGCUUGUCAUCACGCACAACCGUGACUUCUCGGAGUCCCUCUGCAAGGAAGUCUGGGCUAUGCGCGACGGCCACCUCGAGGCAUCUGGCCAUAACUGGGUCGAGGGUCAGGGAGCCGGCCCCCGCAUUGACAAGGGCAACGGAGAGGAGGAGGACAAGUACGACGCUAUGGGUAACAAGAUCGAGGUCAACAAGAAGAAGAAGAUGACCUCUGCGGACGCACGGAAGGCCAAGAAGGAGCGCAUGGCACGUAGAAAGCGCGGCGAGGAGGUCUUCACCGACGAGGAGCUAUGAGGUGGUUGAGGAUCUUGCGCCUGUUACGACCGUUAUGAUUUCACUCUUUCCGUGUGUGUGCUCUAGUGUGUCCGCUGUGUCAUGUCAAUGGUCUCUUUCUCUUGUAUUCUCGCAUGUCUCCAUAGGGUCGUAUAAUACUUCAUGUUUGUCGCUAUGUGAUAUUUAUGACUGUCAUUGCACGUUUCUCU